GAAGGGAGGGAGGAAGAGAAGGAUAACGAUAGAAAUGACGCUCUUUUAGUACGCUUAGCAGUUUUCAGAUAGUAGAUUGAUUCUCCGUUUUUCUGAGCUCUAUGUUGCUAUUAUAACAAACGAAUGGGAAAGUAAUUUUGUUACUUGAAGAAUGUAACAACAUUAUUUGUGAGAUAAACAGGAGUCUUAUGUAUUACUGCGUUCAAUCCCCGAUAUUUUCAUACAUUCCGUGGAACCAAUUCUAACAAUACAAUCGUUUUGUUACAAGUGGCUCUCUAUAAAGAAUCGGAUGAAUGUCUCUAACCUGUUGCAAUAGGAAUUUGCUCUUUUCCAACUUCGUGUGCCAAUGUGAGAUUAAUAACGGUAUAAUCGCUCUUGCCACGUUCUGAGUACUUCAUAACAAAGUGCGCAUGUUGAUAAGAUUCUAUAAACGAUUUGUAAUUCUUUAAAGCAUCAAAUUAAUUAAUAUGGCAACUGGAAGGGAUGCUGAAUCGGCAAUAACAAUACCACUGCAGUAUAAUGAUUCUCAUUGGAAGGCUAUUUUUGAAAAGUAUGAUGCGGAUAGCGAUGGAAAAAUUUCUUACCAAGAGUUGAAGGUAAUGAUUCGUAAUUCGUCAAUUUAUACAAAUGACAUUCCAAGUCGUGUAAUACAAAUGAUCUUACAUAAAGCUGACCUGGAUAACUCAGGAUUCUUGGAAUAUCCAGAAUUUAUCACAAUGAUUCAUAGAAAGGACAUGCAAGGUGUUUUUGGGCACUUUGUUCAAAGAUAUAUUCACUCAAUAGUUCCAUGUCGACCAUGUGCUAUUGGAACGCUACAAACAACAAGAUCUGGUGAUUUUAUCGAUGGUCUUUAUGAAGAGGAAUACACUUGUAACCCCCCAGCAUUGGCAAUGAUAAUUAUUUCUAUACUAGAAAUUAUAUUAUUUUUAUAUGACACAGUUGCUCAUAAUGCGGUGGCAGUUGAGGGACCAACGGCAACAUUAUUUAUUUAUAAUCCUCAUAAAAGAUAUCAGGCUUGGAGGUAUCUUACAUACAUGUUUGUACAUGUUGGAAUCUUCCAUUUGGUAGUGAACUUACUGGUGCAAGUGAUGUUGGGAAUUCCCUUGGAGAUGGUACAUAAAUGGUGGCGAGUGUUGAUAAUUUACUUUGCGGGAGUGGUCGCAGGCUCUCUAGGUACCUCGGUUUCAGAUCCGGUCGUUUAUCUCGCCGGGGCAUCCGGUGGUGUGUACGCCCUCAUCACAGCUCACGUGGCGACCAUUCUUAUGAACUGGUCGCAAAUGGAGUUCGCGGUACUUCAGCUGCUUGUAUUUCUCGCAGUAACGUCAGUUGAUGUCGGCCAAGCUAUUUAUACUCGUUAUGUCCUUGAGACAAAUAACCAGAUUGGCUAUGUAGCUCAUCUCACUGGCGCUAUAGCCGGACUUCUCGUUGGCAUCAACAUAUUGCGCAACCUCGAAGUGCGCACCUGGGAAAAAAUCAUCUGGUGGGCAAGCUUCAUUGCAUACACCGUCCUCAUGGCCGCGGCUAUUUUUUGGAACAUCUUUUAUCCAUCAUAUUUUCCUACGCCGGUCUAUACUUAAAUGAAAUGUUUUAUCAAAUUUCUAUGAGCUGAUGAUAAUUUAUUGGUAGACGUAAUUAUU